GUCAAAGUAAAGCUUACCAAAGCAAGCAAUCCAAUUCAAUACAUACACUAUUUGGUCCUAUAAUUUGAAUUUCGAGGAAUUUUCGGUCACGUGAAGAUCCGAAAAGGAGCCCCCGAAAAAUAACGUUCCAGUACAGUAACCAUUAAACAAUGACUGGGCAAAUCGGCAAAAGAAAUCAAUUGAAUAACUUGGAAAUCAUUAUUAAAAAACUUCACUGUCGGAGUGAAGUCGCGGUCGCAGUCCCAGGAAGAAGAAACUGAAAUUACAAAUUCUCAAAGUUAACAAAGGGAAUAAUAUAAUACAGGACUAUCCGACUAUAAGCGAUCGGCAGACGCCUAAAUAGCCUCGAGACGGUUGAGUAUAGUCAUAGUCUUAGUACUCUAAAGUUAUUUAUCUUUUAAUUUUACUUUAUUAAUAUAUAGAUCUAAUUAAGUUUAAUAUUCAUUCAUCAUUCAUUCAAAAAUUAAAAAAAAAUUUUUUUUGGCCUACUUAACGUGACUUACUUAAUAAGACUAAACUUAUUAGGUCCUAAGUUAUGAUUUAUCACUUAUGACUUAUGUUAUGCCUAUAGUUAUAGCCUUUUUAUGCCUUGUUUUUUUGUACAAAGUAUUAGUAUUAGGAGGCCUAUUACUAUUUUUUAAUAGUCAUACAUCAUACAACUUACAAAUACAAAAAAAGAAAUAAAAUACAAUGGUACCGCGCUAUCUAAUAUAAGAUCACUAAUAAUAAUAAUGGUAAAAUAAAAUGAUAAAGAUUAAAUGAAUUGAUAAGUUAAAGUUAAGUCAACUAAUAAUUAAGUGGCAAGGCAUUUUGAAAACUGUAACUGUAAGAUCUUGUUAAGUCUAAGUUGUUGAUCCUUUCUUCCAAGUUCCUCUUAAAUUUAAAAUUCUUUUAAAAAGGAAAACUUAAUUCAGAUUUCUUUGAAAAUGAAAAUAAAAGUCAUAAUAUUAGGAAUUAGUUUCUGUUCUCAUUCAGACUCAAAAGAGUACCUUGUUAACAGUAAGACCAUCUUAGUAGGAUAGUUUAUUAAAUUUAAAUUGAUUUAAAGACCUGUUUUUAAUUCACUGAGUUUGGUAAUAUUUUUUACACAGAUAAAACUGUUCAAGAACUAAAUGAUUAUGCUUAGACUUAGACCAAUUAUAAUUUUUAAAAAUCACAGUAAUUUUAAGUUUUACUCCUAACUUGAACUUGUGUCAUAAAAUAGGAGUCCUGAUAAACACGAAUCUUCUGAAUUUGUAUCCCUUUGUCUUAGUUCUGUAGAACAUCAGUGUUUUUUAAUUAAAAUAUCACAUAGUUAAUUAUUAUUUUUUAUUUUGUUAAGAUAUUCAAGUUGAUUCUGAUGGAGCCCAUAUUUUUUUUUUUAUAUUUAAUAAUUAUUUAAUUUCAGCUUACUUCAGGCUGAGUUGUUUUUUUUAAAUUUUAUGUUUCUCUAAUAAAGCCAGAUUUUAAAAAAAAAUGUAUUUUAAAAGCAAAGCCAGCAUAUUCUUUGUAAACUCUUAGAAUUAUUUUACAACAUCACAUUUUUAAGUUAUUGCCCACUAGUAUAUAAAUAGGCCUUGCAUUGGUUUAUGUUUGAUUUUUUGUUAUGAACAUUUUUAUUUGAGUCAUUUAAUUCAUUUCUUUACAGUCAUUGUUUAAGGAAGUAAAAUUUUGUAAAAAAAAAAAAUUUAUUGACCAGGAUUUUAAAUGGAAAGUCAACAGGUUUAAAAAUAUUUUUUUUUGAGAUUUAGUUGAUUGGAAAUUUUCCAUAAUACUUAUCAUGCGAGUGCAAGUACAUAUUUCUGAAUAGAUGACAAAUCUCAGCUAAAAAUAUUAUGUUAGGUUCUAAUCAUUGAAAUUCAAUGUUCCUGUUUUUUUUCUUUUUUUUUUUUUCUUCAAAUCCAGUUCAGUUUACCAGACCUGUUUACCCUCAAACUCUCAUAAUCGUACAAUAUCAUUACAAAAUCGUUCAAUACAUUUUCUUAAUAGAAAGAAAAAACAUUCAGUAUAUAUAAUAUAUACACCUCAAAAUCGUACAUUGUACGCCAAAAUCGUAAGAGUAGACAGGUCUGGUUUACUGAUUUAAAAAGCGUGCAUAUAAAAUAGACCAUAACAAGACUGUGUCUUGAAAGUAAAUCUGGUUAGCUGUUUUACAUAUCAUUAAUAUCCAAUAUGUAUUGGUUAAGGUAAGCUCUAAAUGGAAACUUUCUUUUUAAAUUUAAAGAAAAAAUUUAGAAAAAAAUUGAAUGUCAUUAAAAAGUUGUUUUAUAGUAAAAGUGUGUUACACAAUACUGAAAUAAUACUAGGCCUACUUGUUAAUUGCUUUGUUUAAAUUUAUUUUGCAAAAACAUUCUUAACACCUUAGAUAAUUUAAAUUUGCUAUAAAAAUUCCAAAUUUAUAAUAAAAACAUUAUUUUUAUUCAGUUUUCUUUGUGACCUUAAUGGCUCAAUAACUACUGUUUUCAUUCAGAACACAUUGUAUAAUAAAAAAAUAAUUUCUCAGAGUAUUUUGCAAAGAUAGAUACAUAUUUAAAAAAAAAAAAGAUUUAUAGAAUUUUUAUUUUUGAAAUAUGAAGAAGUUUCUAACUUAUUUUUAAGACCCUAACCUAUGUUAAAAUAUGCACAAAUUGUGAAAUUAAAAUAGUUUAUUCAGCUGUAUGGACUAUAAAUGUGCUGAAAAAUGUCCUUUGUGUUGCUAAAACUGUGGGUCGCGACCCCUUGGGGGUGGAACGACCCUUUCAGAGGGGUCGCCUAAGACCAUCGGAAAACAUAUUUAUGAAGUGACAACAAAAAUAAUUUUAUGGUUGUGGGGUCACCACAAUAUGAGGAGCUGUAUUAAAGGGCUGCAGUAUUAGGAAGGUUGCGAACCACUGCUUUAAAAGGUCUUGACAUUUGCACAUAGAGAUUUUAAUAUUUCUUCAAAUAAUUGAAAAAUUUCAUUUAGUGUUCUUUCCGUUUCUUUUGUAUGUCAUUUACUAAGUAUGUGUGGCCUUGUCUGUAUUUAAUAGUAAAGAAAAAAUGUUCAAUAGGAUAAUCAAACUAGACAGUUGCAAAGAUUAAGCUUUUAAGAUUACACCUGAUACAACAGAAACUUGUUUUUUGUUAACAUUCUUGUUAAUUUUGAAUAAUGGAAUGAGGCAAACGAUAACAUUUUAGAACCCAUAAACUAUUUGAAAACAUAUUUAUUUGUGUACUGUUUCGAGUUUUUGUUAAAAAAAAGGAACCUUAAAUCUGAACUUGAGAACCAGAUUGGAAAUAUAAAAAAAAAAUGUAAUUGUCUCAUAUCAUGCUAAUAAAAAGAAUUAAAUAAAACUAAACAAAAUUAUCAUUAAAAUGAUUUAAAGAAUAUUAGAGGCACAUAUUCUGCACCCCAUCACUUUCCAUCCAUACCAGUUAUUCAAAAUAUUAUUUCCUUAAUGAUGCUGCACUGAUUUGUCCAUUCAACCAGAGGUCACCUAAUUCUAACUAAUGAGGACCAGAGUUUCUUAUUUAUGAGAGAGAUAAACAAAAUAUAAAUCUAUCUUCCAUGCUAUUUUUAAACAUGCCUUCAUUAACCCAUAUGGUUUGGGGAAAAUCCUUUUCUAACUGUGUGAAAGUAAUGAUCUCUCCUGUUUUCUUGCAGAUGCCCUGGUUAUAGACCAUAUUUUAUCUGAAUACAUAGUUUAUCUUAUACAUUCGUGCCGAGGCUUGAGCGAUAAGUGGAGCAAUAAUUUAACUGAAAAUCUUCUAAAAAAUAUUUGGUAACCAAUUUAACUGACAAUCAGGUUGUACGGUACAGCCAUCUAGGCAGCAAUGGUUAUUUCAAAUCAAGAUCAUGUUUCCAAUUUUUCUAACCACAUACAACUGUAAAAAGUAUGAUUACAUGUCAAAACAUAUUGUGUGGUGAAAUCCACCCAUAAUGACCGGGGCAAAGUCUUAUUAAAGUAGUACAAUAAAAACCGGGCCAUGAGAAAAUGUAACACUGAUACAAGGUUAUCAUUGGAAGUUAUCCGAUACAAAUAAUUUUUUUUUAAAUCCACGUGGGAGAAGUAAUUCUUCAGGAGAUUCAAAAGAUAGUUCAAUGACCUUAGUUUGCUUUAUCAAGCACAUUAACAUAAUCAGAGAAACAGAUUCAAUUGAUCAUUUCAACCAUAACCUGAAAUAUACACUUAAGGGUUCACAUGAGUGCAUGUUUAUAACUUUGAACCCUUUUUUUUGUUAAUUCUCUAAUUUUAAGGCUAUUUAUUUUUUAUGACUGUGACAAAUAUUUUAUUAAAUUAGAUCAUGCUUGUCAACUGAGAUGUAAUGUCUUUUUACACUUAUUGAUGCCUUAGUAAAUAUAAAUUGGACAAGAUGAACUGACAAGUUAUUUAAGAGUACCAGUAUUAUAACUCUGUGACUUGGAUGUCUCUAAAUAUCUAUGACACAGAUAUGGAAACUGGGGUAGUGGUUGUCUCAACACUUUUCCUUUUUAAUCACAGGCUAUAAAUAGGAUCAGAAAUUGUGAAGUGGGCCAUGAGAUCACACUCAGCUGGUCUUUCAAGUGACAUAAGUUGCUGGGCCACUAAAGUUUCACACUGACAAGUUCAUGUCAACACCAAAACAGUUAAAGAAAACUUGUGCAGCUGGAGUCAUUGAACAAUUAUUAUUUCAGCAUUUCUGACAGGUCGGACACAAUGAAGCUCGUCAUUGCCUGUCUCGUGGUGGUCCUCAACUCAGCCCAUACAUAUAAGCUGACCUGGGAUUCUGAGAGGCAUUUACUGGAUGAAACCAUACGGCGCCCCUACAGCCUGACCGAUGACCCUGACUACAUGAAGCAGAGGGAGAAGAUGAUAGCUGACGAGGAUGCGAUGAGGUUGGGAGGUAGACUAGUCCUUCAGCCCGAGGAACAAGCGGUCAACAAAAUAUUAAUGGCGGUCAGUUUUGAAAAACAAAUAUUACUGUUAUAUUUUUUAAUUGAGGACCAUGGUAGUGGCUCUGUCAUUCUUCUACAGUUCUUCCUCACUCCACACCUCAAUCUCAUUUCCCACAGUCAGCCUCCACCACUCCAACACCCCAACCCCACCUACCCAACUCCAACGCGUCAAUCCCAUUUCCCACCCUCCACACCCUAAUUUCACCUCCCCCCUCCACCGAACACACCAAUUGUACCUCCCCCACUCUAAACUCUCCAAAUUACAUAUUAUUAGUAAAGAGUCAUUACCAUAGGCAUUAUCUUACCUUAAAACAGUCAAAAUUUAUUCAAUACGUGUGUCAGUCACAUAAGACAAGAUAAUUUUAUAUUCACGCACACCAUAUCAUAAUGUUUAUGUGUAGUUAACUUUUUUUAACAAAUAAAAAUAAAAUAAUUUUGAUGUCAACUUGUGUUGAAAUACAACAAAAGUGAGCUGGUUGAUGAAGAGUUCACCUGUUUGGCCAAUUUCAGGAGAAGACCAAAAUGAUGGACGAUAGUCGUAUUAACCGCACGCCCUACAUCCCAUCUCUGAGCUUCUACCAAGUCAAGCCCAAAGUUGAAAACACAACCCUGCUGAAGUUGAUACGUCAGAUGCCAAAAGGUGAGAACCUUUGAAUGUUUGUGCAUUUCUAUGUAAGGUGCAGCCAACUAUAUAAGUAUGCAAGUAAAUAUACCUGAUAGGUACAGAAUUUAUAUGGAAAAUAAAUUAACAAAAAGAUUUGGUACGUUGACUCUUUACGGUACCGUAUAUACAAACUCACAAUUUGACAAAGCUGCAAUGAGUUUUUCAUGUUACACUUCCACCCACUUUCUUUCCACUGUCCAUGAGCUUUAUUGUCCUAAGGGACUUGUGCCCAUUCGUAUUCUUUUCCUUUCUUUCUUUGUUAGGUAGGAUACAUGUACAUAUCAUGUAAAUUUAGUUUAUGCAAUGUUUUUUUUUGUUGUAUUGAUAAAGUCAUCUGAAAGUUUGAAUUUGUAUUCAAUUUAGUUUUAAACAAUUUUUUUUUCUUGUAUUGAUAAAGGCAUUAUCUGAAACGUUUGAAUUUGUAUUCUGUGUAACCAUAAUUACAUUGUUUUAUCUACACAAGUUUUUUUGUGUCUCAAUAAUUGAGGAUCAAGAUAUGAGUUUGUCAUACUGGUUAGAGUAAGUAGUUGGAACACAUGGUCCAACAGUUUUUUCUUUAAACAUAUUUGCAUACGUGAAGUUUUCAUAAAUUCUAGAGAUUUUGCACUAAAUAGAAAGCUAACUGUUGGUUCAGUUUAACAUAAACCUGUCCUGCAUGACGAAGUAUUGAAGAGAAAACAGCUCAUAUUUAAAUACUGAUGCCAGCUUAAAACAUUUUUUUAAAAAAUGAAAUUGUAAAAAAAGUCAAAAUUAUUCAUUUACAAUAGGAUUUGUACAUUAAUUAGUUAAUUUAUUGAGCUAAAUUCAAACUUUAAUUCAGGCAGUAAGGGAUAUAUUUAAUACUAUGUUUAUGUUGGUAGAUGGAAUAAUCUCAUCCGACAGUUGUAGACUCUAUCUUUGUAAGAGAAAAAACAUUCUGGUUUGGAAGCUUGUUCAUAUUUCUCCAACAGGUGGCGCUCUUCAUGUUCAUGACCUGUCGGGGGCCAGCAUUGAUUGGUUGAUUCAGAAUGCCACAUACAGGGACAAUAUCUACAUGUGCGUUGACCCAGACAGUUACAUCCUCUUCAAGGCUUUCAAAACUCCUCCACCAAAUCCAGGUGAACGUUUGGCUUUUUAUUUAAAUCUAAUACUUUUGGCACAGCAGUUAGAUGAAUAGGUUUAUUCAUUAAGGAAAGUGUUAAUCCGAGUCACUGCCCACUAUUGAGCAGCAGAGGCAUACCCGCUAUUGCUUCUGUGCAGGUUGGUGGAAAGGCAUUCAAAACAGGUGGUCAAUCCAGAUAGUUUGUUGUCGGUUCAUUUGUCUUAUUUCCAGGUUCUGAAUGUGGUUCCUUCUUGCUGUACCAACUGCUGGCCUUAGAAAUCUCAUCCCACAGGUUAUAACUCUUCGAUAAUAUAAGAAAUAGGGUGGCUGGGUGGUCGAGUGGUGUAAACUCAAAAUCCCUAAUCCCAAGCUUGUGGUCUGGGAUCAAUCCCCACAAAAGACCAAGUCAAGCAAAGAUGACACCAGCAUACCCGGGUGGAUGGAGCCCGUUAACCUUGGAUGGGAACUUGUCUAAGAGAAGGAAACUAAUCCAAAGUUACACAUCGACGGAUGGAUGGCAGUAAAAAAAAAAUAUGGAAAGGGGCACAAUUUUAGUUUUGUCCGUGGGUGCCGUAUGCACUGAUGAAUUGUCAAUUGUCAGCUUUGAAAGUGUGGCAUUAAUUUUUAACUGUGUUCAGUGGUUUGAGUACGUAACAUGCAUCAUUUUCUAUGCAGAAGACAAGAGCUGGUUUAAGAAAGUGUGCUUAUAAAAAAAGCUUAUAAAUACAAUUUGAGACAGUCUGUUGGCAUAACUCAUGAUGUUAUUAAUGAGCACCUGAAAAUAUGAUAUGAACAAAAGUUUUUCUAAUUCUGUGCCGGGUACCCGACGAGUUUACAUGGAGUCAUUAAAUUCACCGGCCAUCGCUCAGGUCACCAUUAACAACCAGUUUUAUUAUCUACUGAUUUAACAGUAUUAAUUUUUAUAGCCUGUUUCAGAAAUAAAUUCAAUUAAAAGAUCCAUCACUAUUACUUUCUACAUUAGUUUCAAUAAAUUCUACAACGCUCUGUUCGAGUGUUUCACCAUCUAAACUUGCUAGUCUAGUUAGUAAACACAGCAUGUUGUCGCAUAUACUAUGAGCUUGGAAAGGCAUGCUGACCUUUGAACUCUUGUAACUUUUUAAAAGAACAUGGAUUAAUUUCUUAAAACAACAUUUCAUUCUCGCUAGAAUAGUAGAACAUUUUUGCAGAUGGCUGUAUGUCAGAUUACUUGCUAGUUCUCGCUAGAAUAGUAGAACAUUUUUGCAGAGGGCUGUAUGUCAUUACUUGCUAGUUCUCGCUAGAAUAGUAGAACAUUUUUGCAGAUGGCUGCAUGUCAGAUUACUUGCUAGUUCUCGCUAGAAUAGUAGAACAUUUUUGCAGAUGGCUGUAUGUCGGAUUACUUGCUAGGCCCCCAAACGAGCCUUAUCCAUGAAAAUAUGUCUGACAUGCCACCACCAGGCGUAGUAGAGAGGUGCUAGUGGGAAUAUCCAUUUUUGAGGGGACAGCCAGAGCUAAUGGCAGUAGAGGAUCCUAAUAACAAAAUUCUUAUUAGAAAAUGUAUUGUUGUUUUUUAAUUAGUUUUAAAAAUAAUUCCUUAAAAUCAGACGAAUUACCUUACCUACAUUCCUCUAAUGCUGUGUAUGUUGUGUCCAAUCCUGCAGACUGUCCUUGGAAAUCUGUCAAAGAAGAGAGAGCAGCAGCUUCAUCUCCACAGGCAUUUGACGCCCUGUAAGUUAAUGCACGACUGUAAUGUUGGUGUAAGUCAUGUGACUGUAAUUUUGGUGUGAGUAUGUAAUGAUGGUGUAAGUCAUGUGACUGUAAUGUCGGUGUAGGUAUAUAAUGUUAAUGUAAGUCAUGUGACUGUAAUGUCAGUGUAAGUCACAUGACUAAUGUCAGUGUAAGUCAUGUGACUGUAAUGUUGGUGUAAGUCAUGUUGGUGCAAGUAUGUAAUGAUGGUGUAAGUCAUGUGACAGUGAUGUUGGUGUAAGUAUGUUAUGUUGGUGUAAGUCAUAUGACUGAUGUUGGUGUAAGUAUGUAAUGGUGGUUAAGUCAGAUGAUUGUAAUGUUGGUGUAAGUCAUGUGACUGUAAUGUUUGUGUAAGCCAUGUGAUUGUAGUGUUGGUGUCAGUAUGUAAUGUUUGUGUAAGCCAUGUGAUUGUAGUGUUGGUGUCAGUAUGUAAUGUUUGUGUAAACCAUGUGAUUGUAGUGUUGGUAUCAGUAUGUAAUGUUUGUGUAAGCCAUGUAAUUGUAGUGUUGGUGUCAGUAUGUAAUGUUUGUUCAAGUCAUGUAGCUAAUGUCAGUGUAAGUCAUAGAGCUGUAAUGUUGGUGUAAUUUAUGUGACUGUAUUUUUGUUUAAAGUCAUGUAUCUGGGUUUAGCCUAUUAGGUUAAAUAACUGUAAAGCAGCUUCUGUGCCUUGUCUGCCCAUUUCACUACCUACAGAAGACAAUUACUGUCAAUAACUCGAUUCAACCUUUUCCGCUGCACUUCUUGACCUAUCAUUUCCUGUUCCCAGUCUCAAAAAAAAUUUGACCAUGUUGGAGGUUGACCCCGUGGAAGCUUACCCAAACAAUGACAAGGCCUGGAUCAGGUUUCAAAAAUUCUUUAUGCAAGUGCGUACAUUUUUAAUCUCACAACGUUGUAAAUAACAUUUGUAGUUUUCUCAAUUUCUUUUCACUAAAUGAAAUUGUUAACUUUUGUUUCCAGAAAGUAAGUUGUGAUUUUUAAGUCCUUAACAGGUUCGUUAGCAGAAGCCACUCCACUGGUGGUGCCAAACAUUCCUUCUAUCAUGGCCAUGAGCUGCUGUGAGCGCAACAGUUUGUUUCGUGGUGAAACUAGUAAUAUAUUUACACUCUUACUUUCAUUUUGGUUUGAGAUAUUAAUUUACCAACAGGAUGUUAAUUAAAAAACCAUGUGGCAUAUUCAAAAUAAAAUGUGAUCAAACCAUGUAUUUUUGGAUUACAUUGCACAUGUUCAUGUUCAGCACAUAUAUAAAUAUACAUAUUUAAAUUUACAGCUAACGAAUAAAGCUUUUUAAAUCAUGAGGUGUGUUUGGAGGGCAAGUAUUUUUCAUGGCAACUAGCGAUAAGGUUACCAAAAGUAAACAUACUGUAAAUAAGUUGGAGAAAUGUUUAUUCAAAUGUGAAUUGGUCUAAAUGUGGGUUGGAGAUAUGUUUAUUCAAAUGUGAAUUGGUCUAAAUGUGGGUUGGAGAUAUGUUUAUUCAAAUGUGGAUUUGUCUAAAUGUGGGGAACCUGUUCUAAUUUGGUGUGGAUGUGAUUGCAAAAAAUUAUUAGGUGUGUAAAUAAUAGUAAAAUGUUUUGGAAACAGAAAUCGUUAAGUUUACACAUUAAAAAAAAAAAAAUUGAACGCUUUUCUCUUGUAAAUAAUAAUUUAACAAUAUAAACAAAAAUUUGUUUUAGAUUUAUUUAAAAGAAAAAUUAAUUAAUCUACAAAAUGGUAUAUUACUUAUAAAAAUAUGCCAAUAUUUAAUCUAUUCAUAAGUGGCUAUUCAUCUUUGCCCACAAAAUAAUUCUGAAAGAAUCUUAGUCAAAAACUUAAAGCUAAGGGUGACCAAAGUAACCCAUCUCAUUAUUUCCCUCUGAACAUUUCCAAUGGUUGAUUGUUCUGUUACCAAGAAAGAAUAAUAUACGAGGGACUGUGUCAUUUUAAUUUUCCCGUCUUUUCAUUUCAAGCCUUAACUUAACAUAUCUUGUUCCAAUGUUUCCCCAAAAAAACGUGCCAAAACUCGCUUAGACAAGCAUCCUGCAUAGUUUCCUGGUCCCACUGUUACCGUUAUCUGAACUUUGUAUAUUUAUGGCCUUAGCAUGCCACUUCUCCCAACCCAGGGAACAUAUAGUUGGCCUCUAAGAGCUAUUGCCUUGCUGCUACUGCCAUAUAAAUAGUAGAAGCAGGAAUCAAGCAUGUGUCGUGGAAUACCCUGGUCACAAACAUAUAUGAAUCAUCAAAGUUGUGAGCCGUCAGAGGUUUUUUUGAAAUCCCUGAAUGAAGUCUGUUGAACUAAAAAUAAUGAUGAAUGAGCAAGUAAAAAUAGGUCAGCUGUGUAGUUAAUGAUGAGUGAGCAAGUAAAAAUAGGUCAGGUGUGUAGUUUAUGAUGAGUGAGCAAGUAAAAAUGGGCCUGGUGUGUAGCUAAUUAGCUAAUGAUGAGUGAGCAAGUAAAAAUAAGCCCGGUGUGUAGUAAAUGGUGAGUGAGCAAGUAAAAAUAGGUCAGGUGUGUAGUUAAUGAUUAGUGAGCAAGUAAAAAUAGGUCAGGUGUGUAGUUAAUGAUGAGUGAGCAAGUAAAAAUAGGUCAGGUGUGUAUAUAAUGAUGAGUGAGCAAGUAAUAAUGCUAGUAUAUUUCUUGUUCAGUUAAGAAACUGAUGACUCUAAGUCUUGAAUGUUAAAUAACGCUGUGAUGAUCUUAUCUCUCCAGGUGUAUUACCUUAUCUACUAUGUCCCAGUGUUUAGAGACUACUACAGAAGAACAUUGGAAGAGUUCAGUGCUGACAAUGUUCAGUAUUUGGAGCUGAGAGCACAGCUGUGGGGUGUGAGUAACAUGAAUCACUUGGUCUGAAAAGUCCUUUUUCUCUUCUUCUUUCAUUUUGAAUGGGUCAUCUGUAACAAUUCACUUGCAUGUUGUUCAGAGUCAGAGAAUACAUUUAUUUGAUUCUUGGAUUCUUUUUAAAAUUUAGGAUUUCAGUAAAUUAAAAACAUUGGGGCAAAUCCUAUUUUUUCAAUGUUUUAAAAAAAAUUAUUAUUUAAAAAAAAAUUCAAAUAGGAUUUGUCCUAAUAUUGAUCCAAAGAACCCUUAAAGGUUUAGCGACAGUGAGGAGACAGUUGUUGAACAAGCAAGAGACCAUAACUAAAACUUCUUUCCUGGCCCAGGAAACCAGGAAAAAAAAUAAAAUAGAACCAGUACCAAGUGAAAGGGUCCGUGGGCCUAUCCCCCAUUUUCUGAGAUGAAAAAAAUCCAAGAGCCCUUAACGAAAAGGCACAUAUGAAACUGGAUGUAACGGCAAAGGCAGUGGUUUACUGGGUGAUUGAUGCAUUUAACUAAAGUGGUUUUACCAGAAAAUAACUGAAUCCACCCACCCCUCCAAAAAAUGUUUUAAAAAAAUAAAUGAAGAUACCCAAAACAAAAGAUGAAUUUAUAGUUUAACACACACAAAAAACACUUUAAAAAUUGUGAUCAUUUUAAAAAAUAUUAAAAUAGAAAACCCUAGCCACCAAGAGUUUAAAAUGCUGUAACUCUUAUCAACCAUGACUUAAAACAAUAUAAUAUUCAUUUUUUUUUAGCUAUAUGACUUGGAAGGGAAAGUGUACGAUUCUGAAUUUGGCUUGAACCUACUGCUGAACGUGACUGAAGAAUUUAAGAAAGUGAAUCCAAAUUUUAUAGGAGCUAAAGUAAUCAUGUGUGGCAUUCGGUAAUGAUUACCAAAAAAACCCCAAAAAAACCCAACUAUUUAAUAAUUUAAUAAGAUCUGUAUAAUGAGGCUUGGUUAUUUUUUAAAAUAUACGCUAAAUAAACUAUUAGUAAUGAGAACUUAAUUUUUUUUAAAAUUUCAAUUGAGUUUUUAAAAAUGUUUUUAAUAAAACUGUUUUUGUUUUUUCAUUUCUGAUAGAUCAUUUAGUGUAUAUUUAAAAGUAGAUCAUUUAGUGUAUAUUUAAAGUAGAUCAUUUAGUGUAUAUUUAAAAAUAUAUCAUUUCGUAUAUAUUUAAAAGUUUAGUGUAUUUUUAAAAGUAGAUAAUUUAGUAUAUAUUUAAAAGUAGAUCAUUUAGUGUAUAUUUAACAGUAGAUCAUUUAGUGUAUAUUAAAAAAAAAACAAUCCUAUAACUACCAUAAAGAGUCAUUUCAUUGUUUGUCCUGUAUCAACUGUAAAGAGUCAUUUCAUUGUUUGUCCUGUGUAUCCCACAGCAACAGUAAUGUGUCGGUCAUUGCGGAGAACGUGAAGAACGCUGUGGCUCUCAAGCAGCUGUAUCCCGAUUUCCUGGCAGGAUACGACCUGGUUUCAGAUGAGGUCUGGUACAACCCUUUGAUCUACUACCUGGACGCCCUGCUGUACCCCUCCAGGAUGGAUCCCCCUUAUGACCUGCCCUAUUUCUUCCAUGCUGGUGAAACAGGUUAGUCUAGGGAGUGUUGGCGUCUGGGAUUAUUGGUAUCUGGGAUUAUCGGUAUCUGGGAUUUUUGGAAUUAGGGCUUAUUGGUAUCGGGGAGUUUUGGCAUCAGAGCUAUUUGGCAUCACCGGAUUAUUGGCAUGUAUAUUACUUGAACAUAGUCUGGGAUUAGAAUAUUUGUGAUGAAUGUGUAUUACCCUAUUUCCCUCUGCAAGAUGGCCUUGUGUUAUUGAUGCAUGUGAGGGCCAUGGUCCACCUGGGGGAUUGCAGCGUCUUGUUGUAAAGAGAGAUAGUCAUCUGAGCCAGCCCCCUGUCUUUGGGGGCAUUGCCAAUGGCAGUUCUGCUUUAACAUGGCAUUACACAUUCCUCUGCCAUUCUAACAGCCAAAUGAUGUACUCAUUUUCCUUGUUUGCUUCCUGGAUGACUGUCGGCAAUGAACUAACUAUUGUUGGUCCUUCGCGUGGAUUUUGUUUAAAGUGAUGGAGAGUUGGUCAAUUCAUCUGCCUCACUCUCCCGUCCGUGGCUAUUUGAUCCGCUGGCAAGACUGGAAAGGGACAAGGAUGCAGCAGAUGACCAGCAGUGUGUGUGUGUGUCUCACUGUGCUCUUUGUGUAACUCACAUCACUGGAGUGGAGUUGUCCUAAUUUUCAUUAUAUCAAUGGACCUCCUAUACCGCCUUUGGGACUCAAUCUCUGGGGUUCAAUUUCAGAGUUUGCCUUCUCUUAAAUGAGUUGCCAUCCAAGGUUAACAAGGCCCAUCCAUCUGGGGUCCUGGUGAUGUUUUUGCUUGUCUAGGCUUUUUAUGGGGAUUGAACUCCAGUCAACAAGCUCGGUCACACAUCCUUACACUCUAUCUGCACUAAAGGGAGGGGGGGGGGAGAUGUGUCUAAUUUGGAAACUCUUUGUUGUGAGUCCCCAAGUGGAGGGUGGAUCUCGACUACUGUGUAAAAAAAAGCUUGAGCAAAAAUUAGGACCAGAUAAACUUGUUGCAAUGUCUGUGUUGAUAUCAUAACCUUACUUCAGUAUUUCAGACCUGUUUACUCUUACGAUUUUGGCGUACAAUGUACGAUUUUUAGAUGUCUUUUACGAUUGUACGCCAAGACCCGCCAAAACUACGAUUUUCAGAGACCCGGUGGAAAAAUUUUUCCCCCGAUUUAAAAAAAAUUAUUAAAUUUUCGGGUUUGGACGUUUUAGCCGUCUCUAAUGAAGAUCUGGCAGUGAAUAUGAACGAGAAAAACGAUUGGUUGGAUUUUUUUUUCUUUUUUUAAAGUUGGGACCAUCCUUAUUAUAUUUCGAAAGGACUCAUGGGGACUGGGGAGUGGGGUUGUUGAUUACGGAAAUUGUGGCAUACGAGACACCCAUGGGUAGGGGAUUGGUGGGAGUGUCAAAGGAUAUAAAUAAAUAACCCCGACGUAUCGUAUUGACGGGAUCACAGUGUACUAGCUGGCUGCUGCGUCAACAGUAAUAUUUGGAUUGGUCGCCCUAGCGACAACUUCACCCGCCAUCGCCUUUGACUGCUACCAAGCGUGUGACGUAGUUUUGGUACAGAAUUAUUUUGUUCCUCAGAACCGCGGCGAUUGUAAAACUAGAGAUGGUUUUUAAAAUAAAAUAGAUGAUCCAACUGUUCUGCAGUGGAGCGUUGGAUUUGGGGCAUACCGGUAUUUUAUAAGAUCCAGUCAGCGACAUUUACAAAAUAUAGGGAAAUAUUUUGUAGUUUUAUUUAUUUACUAUAGAGAUAUUGUAUUGUACGAUUUUGAGACCAGAUUGUAAAAUUUUAGGGGUUUGAGGGUAAACAGGUCUGGUAUUUGAUAGAGAUGAACUUUGACCUCCAGACUGGCAAGGUACAGAGGUCGACAAAAAUUUGGUGGAUGCAAUUUUAUUGAACACCACCCGGAUAGGACAUGGAUUCGCUUUGUCCAAACAUCCCAACCUGGCUAAGGUUGUCCGAACCAGGCAGAUUGGCGUGGAGGUCAACCCGAUAUCCAACCAGGUCAGUGAAUGAGACCACUUUAUUUUUGAGGGGGUGCAUGCAAGGCCAAAGUAUCCUUGGGGCUGUACAAGAUUCUUACUAUAGUUUAUGUGGGAACUGUUUAUUCAAUUUAACUAGUUUUCAACAAUAAAAUCAGAAAUUAUGUUUCAUGUUAUCUUUUCCCAGAUAAAAGGUGAUGAUACAUUUUUUUUUUUAAAUAAAAAAAACCAACACCACCAAACAAUUAUGUUAAGAGAAAUAGGCAUAAUGUCGAUUUAAAAUAAAAUAUCCAUCUUUCUGCUGGCAUUUACAGUAGUUUCUUGCCAAAGGUCUUCUUGUCCCUCUAGCUUUUACAGUCAGUCUCUUGCCAAAUGUCUUCUUGCCCCUCUAGCAUUUACAGUCAGUCUCUUGCCAAAUGUCUUCUUGCCCCUCUAGCAUUUACAGUCAGUCUCUUGCCAAAUGUCUUCUUGCCUCUCUAGUCUAGCAUUUACAGUCUCUUGCCAAAUGUCUUCUUGUCCCUCUAGCUUUUAAAGUCAGUUUCUUGCCAAAUGUCUUCUUGUCCCUCUAGCUUUUAAAGUCAGUUUCUUGCCAAAUGUCUUCUUGUCCCUCUAGCUUUUACAGUCAGCUUCUUGCCAAAUGUCUUCUUGUCCCUCUAGCAUUUACAGUCAGUCUCUUGCCAAAUGUCUUCUUGCCUCUCUAGUCUAGCAUUUACAGUCUCUUGCCAAAUGUCUUCUUGUCCCUCUGUAACAAAUAUUGACUAGUAUCUGAAAUUGGGAGUGUUGGAAUGGAAUUUAAUCCACAUGGGGGUAAUUGAUUAAUUUCCCAAAGAUGCUUGUGUGAGAGCAGUGGUUCUGAAACUGGUUUCUAGUGAAUCUUAGGGGUCCACAAAGUAUUUGUGAGAUCGCGGCAAAUCAAUCUAUAGAAAAAUCAAUGUUUAAAAAAAAAAAAAAUAUUUUAAAAUAAAACCACAUUAGGACAACUUUUCAUUGUCGGCAGUCAUCCAGGGAUUACAAAUUUGGGGGCACAUAUUUGCAGGUUAGGAAAUAUUUAAAAAUGAAAUAAGCAAAGGAAACAAAAUGUGGAGUUUUAUUUUUUAUUCUCCGAAGUUCAUGUCUUAUUUAAUUUAAUGUGUAAAAAUGGCUCCCAGUAAAAUUGAUACUCCUUGAGUUAGAAAAAUACAAAUAUACUGAUUUUAUUUUCACUCUGCAUUAAAGAUUUCUAACUGAUGUGAAUUCUAAAGUUUGAUAAAAUGUUUCACCCGCAGCUGUUAAGGCUUGUGACGGAUCUACGUAACCACCCUAUGAAUGGACUCUUGGCACAAGACUACCCCAUCGUGAUAAGUUCCGACGAUCCCUCCGUCUGGGAGUCAUAUCCCCUUUCCCAUGAUUUUUACAUGGCUUUUAUGGCAAUGUCCAGCGAGGACGCAGACUUGACAUUCCUCAAGCAGCUGGCAAUCAACUCCAUCAGGUAUGCAUGGGUUUGCCUGCAACGUUAGUUCUUUGGUUGUGGGUCUGCCGGCAAGUGUUGCAACUGUCUAAUCUGUUAGUGUAUAAAAAAAUGAAAACUCAUUCUUAUAAUGCAUUGGUUAAAUUUUAAAAAAUAAAAUACCGCUAUUUAAAACAUCUCAGUGGUUUAAAUUUUACAUGAUCUAAAAGUAUCCAAAGUGAAAAUUUUUUUUAAAAUGUCCACUUGAUUUCAGCAACAUUCAUCGAAUUCAAUCUUUAGACUAGUUGUUGCAAGAUUUUAAAAAAUUUGAGAAUAAUUUUAAUGAAAAUAUUUUAAAUUGUGUUAUCACCCCAGGGUGCACAUUUUAAGAUGGUUGUUUAUUUUCUCCAACCAGGUACAGCGCCAUGAGUAAAAGUGAGAGAAAAGCAGCUACAGCCAAGUGGGAACAGAGCUGGAGUACUUUCAUAAAAACAUACCUGAGUCAGAGGCCAUAGUUCUACAUCUAAGCUAACCUCAAACCUUUGUUCAAUGAACAACAUCCAUUGCACCAGAACUGACAAAUCCGAUAGCAAAAAAAUUACUAGUCUCAUAUGAACCAUGACACGUUAGAUGUCAUCUAGACAAGUUAAGAGUUCUGUCUUCUUGCUGGGUAAUUAUUACAGGAGAGGUGGGUUUUUUUUCAUGAGUUGCAGGGUUUAACCGAGCUUCUGUAUGUCAUUAAUGUUAUGUUAAACUAGUGUGCCUUAAAUGCCAUCUUAAAACAGGAUUUGAAUAAUGUCACUUUACACCAGGAAGUCAUUAAUGUGAUACUAAACCUGGAAGCUAUUGAUGUCCUAUUAAACCAGGAUUUUAUUUUCUUCAAUUAGUCAAAAUUGCUGAAAUUAAAAUGAUAACAUUAAUUUGGGGCAAUUAAGGAAACUUAAACUUUGGGUUCAGAUUAUGUGCACUUUAAGCUAAUUAGGUGCCCGCUAUACUAAUUAUGUGCACUCUAUACUAAUUGUGUGCACUCUACUAAUUUCCAUUUCGAAUAUGAACUUUGAACAAAACUUUUCUCAGGAAUAAACUGGGUAUCAGUAUUUAAAUGGGUACCAGUACCUAAAUGGAUAGCAGUACCUAAAUGGGUACCAGUACCUAUUUGGGUACCAGUACUUAGAUGGGUACCAAUGCUCAAAUGGGUACCAGUACCUAGAUGGGUACCAGUACUAAAAUGGGUACCAGUACUUCAGUUUUCUGUUGUAGUACAAAAGCUAUUGGAUGACUGAGUUCAGAUGACCCAUACUAUCUACCCUCCAGAAUCAAAUGGUUCUUAAAAUGAAGAAAAUGUGUGGACAACAAAAAGUCAUUCAGUUUACUGUACAUCCAGUUCAUUGAAUCAUCCUGUUCAAUUUUUGUUCAUUCAAUCAUCCAUUUACUAUUGUAUCAGUAGAAUUUUGUUAAUAGAAGUGAAGUUCUCUAAAAAUUCUCUGACAUAUUUUAUGUUGACAAAUGAUGGACCUUUUGUAUCCAAUCUCACAGUUACGGACACAACUAUCCAUAUCCGGUCCACAAUAGUUAAAUGCCAUCAAUGUUAUGGUUGCCUCAUUCAUUUGGCUGGUUAAAAAAACAAAACAAAUUAUUGCCAAACCAAGGGGUUUCUACAAUCUUUAAACCAAAUAUUUACAUGAUUAAAAAAUAUAUAAAUUUCUAAACCAAGGAGGUUUCUACAAUCUUUAAACCAAAUAUUAACAUGAUUAAAAAAAUAUAUACAUUUCUAAACCAAGGAGGUUUCUCCAUCUCAGAACCAAAUUUUUAAAUGAUUAAAUGAACAGUGUGUUAAAUUUUGUGUGUGAUUGUAUGGCUGUAAAUAUUUUAUUUUCUAUAAUUUAAUUGCUGAAAAAAAUGUUGUUUUAAAUGCUUUUUUUAUGACUUUGUUUUAAAAUUGCAAACCUUAAAUUUUUAUUUUAAAAAACAUUUAGCAGAAUAUUAAUUUUAAAAUCUUAAACUAUUGAUAAGAUAAACUUACAAACUUUUUUUUUUACAAUUCACUUAAUGCAAAGUUACUUUAAACAUUCCUUAAGGAUAAGAGUGUCGGUUGGAGAUCAACACCCAGCAGGGGCCAAUUAUUGUGCUUGUCCAGCUGAAAUUGUCACCAGCGAUAACUCUCUGAAAUUGUUGUUUUGUUAAAGGAAGCAAUAUAUUAGCACUUACUUAAUCGACAGCAGCUUUUAUAUUUCUCACGAGUCUGACAUUUUUAAAUCUUGCCAAUGACGUUUUUGUUAUAAAACAUGAAUAUUUAGUUAAUAAACCAUAUCUCAUGUUUGCCUUGCUAUUUCUCAUAAUAUUUUUUACACCCUGAUUUAUUCUGUGAGCUGUGACUGAACUUAUAACAGACUACUGGAUAUUUUUCUUGUAGACAGUCUAAAAUUAGACUACUGGAUAUUUUUCUUGUAGACAUUAUAACAUUAGACUACUGGAUUUUUUUCUUUUAGAUGGUGUAACAUUAGACUACCCUGACAUUUGUCUUGUAGACAGAUUGUGUUUAAUCCCCAGCCCAAGUUGGCUGUAGUCUUUUGACUUUGUUGAGGCAUUUUACAGGGUGUCGACCUCCUCCCCAAGAAUAGAUGCCUUCCUGGAUAGAGCCCAUUUCACCAAGGCUAUUGAGUCAGGACAGAGUCCAUUUCACCAUGGCUAUUGAGUCAGGACAGAGUCCAUCUCACCAUGGAUAUUGAGUCAGGACAGAGCCCAUCUCACCAUGGCUAUUGAGUCAGGGCAGAGUCCAUUUCACCAAGGCUAUUGAGUCAGGACAGAGCCCAUUUCACCAUGGCUAUUGAGUCAGGACAGAGCCCAUCUCACCAUGGCUAUUGAGUCAGGGCAGAGUCCAUCUCACCAUGGCUAUUGAGUCAGGACAGUCAUCUCACCAUGGCUAUUGAGUCAGGACAGAGCCCAUCUCACCAUGGCUAUUGAGUCAGG